AUGACGCAGAUGGCGACCCCAAGCACUCCCCCCCUUAUGAGGGCUGCUCAAAUAUCCAAGUACGGCAAACCCUAUGAGCUGGUUGAGAGACAUGUGCCAGAAGUCCGCGACAAUGAACUUCUUAUCAGAGUUCACGCGGCUGGGUUCUGUCACUCUGACCUGCAAGUGUUGCAAGGGCAAUUCAAGUCACCUCUAGGCAUGAUCCCAUCACACGAGCCUGCCGGUGUAAUCGUCAAAGUUGGCGCAAAAUGUACUUCUGUCUGGAAGAUUGGCGACCGGGUUGGUGCACUCAAUUACAAGAAUUCGUGCGGGGAGUGCAGUGGUUGCAGAUUGGCGAAGCGCACGAGUGGGCAACUUGAUCCACGGUUCUGUGACAAUAGAGAAACUGCAGGUUUUCAACACGACGGCGCAUUCGCAGAAUAUCUCUCGAUUGACCCAGAAACCACGGUCCGUCUGCCGGCAUCACUAUCGUUUGACCAGGCUGCGCCUUUGAUGUGUGCAGGGGCAACGGUAUGGGGAUCGCUGGAGAGAGCGACGGCUGGGCUCAGCCCCGGGGAGACAGUGGCUGUUGUCGGCAUCGGCGGGCUUGGUCACCUCGGUCUGCAGUUCGCUACCGCCAUGGGAUUCCGCACAAUAGCCAUCGACAAUCGACCGGCUGGCAGGCAACUUGCCACGGAAAUGCCUAAUGAAGCUCUGAAGCCAGCGCUGGUGGUUGAUUCCGGUGCUGAAGACGCGACUGCAAAGAUCAUGGAUUUCACGAACGGUGAAGGUGUCGCUGCUGUAGUGGUCUGCACUGACUCUUUGGCGGCCAACAACUGGGCCUUAUCGAUACUGAGGAUUGGGGGUGUCAUGGGUGUGCUUGGUCUGCCGGCCGACGCCUGGAGAUUCGAUUCAAGUGUCAUUGUUUUUAAAGAGCUCACCAUCCGUGGAAGCUAUGUUGCCAGCCGAACAGCAACAGAGAGGAUGAUGAGAAUUGUCGAGGAAGCUGGCGUCAGAUCGCACAUUACACUCGUGCCGUUUGACGGGAUUCCGGGUGUUGUAGAAAUCUACCAAGACAGCGCUUUUAGGGGGAGGCUCGUGGUCCAGGUAACAGAGUGA